AUGAUAAUUUCAAUUACGUAUACAGGGAAUUCUCAUAUUUCAUUUUGCAGCGGUCUGAAAAAUACACCUGUUAGUGAAUUUAAAAUUUAUGGUGGCGCAUCUUGUUUGUACAUUAAUGAAGAUGACAAAAAUAUCUAUGAUAAUGUGCCAAGAUUUGAGUGUCCAGAUAAAAAUGAAAAUAGGCGGAAAGUGAUAUCAAUUAAACCGCUUGCAUUACUUGUGCCAAUGUCAUCGAUAAUCAGUAAUGUCGCUUCUAUUCGUGGCGUUCCCUUCUACAGAGCAUUUUCGGAUAUAGCAAUAUUCGAAGUGGAACCUAUAGAUAAAUUAGUAAAUGAAUUAACUGAAGAAAUUGAGUAUGACAUUGAGGAAGAGGUCAAUUUCGAUGUGGCAUGCAUAUCGGAACCGGAAAUUGGAAAUGAAGAAGCUGUUUAUAUCAUUGCUUCAUUCGGGCGGAGAAAAAAUUUGUUACACGGGAAAGACGAUAAUCCAAUUAAUGUUAAAUUAAAUAUUCUAUUGGAAAAUAAUGUUUACAUCGAUAAAUGUCCGGCAAGUAUUCCAUUGCCAGCAUGCGCAAACAUUAUGAUAAUUGAAAGUGAACAAGCUGCCACUGAGGGUGAUGGUGGUGCUGCAGUUAUGAAAGAACUACAAAAUCGUCCGGUUUUAAUAGGUGUUCUUUCGCUUCGGCAAAAUAUUGGAAGAGCUUAUACAAAGUAUAUGUUCGCAACACGUAUCAAUGAAUUUCAUGACUUUUUUUGCUAUUAUGUUGGUAUUUGCAUAUAUGAAGAAUUCAUAGAGAAAGAAUAUUGGAAACAUCCCGAGGAAGUAAUCAUUAUCACAGAUAAGAUUGGAAAUGAUACCCUUGGUGUGGGUAUGUUAUUAUUGUUAGAUCAUCCAUUUUCUUCUUAUCAAUGCUAA